CCGUCACCGCCGGCCAUGUCCGACGCCGCCGCCCCACGGGACGCCGACGCCGAGAUGCGCGACGCGGAAUCCGCAGCAGCAGCUGCAGCCGGUGACGACGACGGCGGCGAGGACAACGUGGAGGAGGAGGAGGAGGAGGAGGAAGAUGACGACGAGGAGGAAGAGGAGGAGGAGGAGGAGGAGCAGGCACCGGCUGAGGAGUCGCCGGCCCCGGCGCCGGUCUCGGCGCUAGCGGGGAGCCCGAACCAGCUGACGCUGCUGUUCCAGGGCGAGGUCUACGUGUUCGAAUCCAUCACCCCUGACAAGGUCCAAGCUGUCCUGUCAUUAUUAGGAACUGGCGAACUUCCACCCGGUUUAGCUGCCAUGGUUUUACGUAGUCAACAGGAAAACAGGGGUUAUGAGGAUUUACUUCAGAGGACAGACAUUCCUGCAAAAAGGGUUGCUUCGCUCAUCAGGUUCCGUGAAAAAAGGAAGGGGAGAAAUUUUGAUAAGAAAAUACGUUAUGCCGUGCGCAAAGAAGUGGCCCACAGGAUGCAGCGUCGAAAGGGGCAAUUCGCAGGAAGAACAAAUCUGGAGGGGGAAUCUCCAUCACCAGGCUGUGAUCCUGCCUCUCAGGGCUCGGGCCAAGAUUUCCUGUCUCAAGAAUUAAAGUGUCAGAAUUGUGGCACUAGUGAAAAGAUGACACCAGCAAUGCGCCGUGGUCCAGCUGGUCCAAGGACUUUGUGCAAUGCUUGUGGACUGAUGUGGGCAAACAAGGGUACCCUGAGAAGUUGCUCAAACGCAAAAGUUGAAGCUCCUAUCUCUGCAAUUGAGCAGAGCAACGCUGCUGUCUCUGAGUGUCAGACUGGAACCGAUGUUAAAGCACUGGUGGCUCCAAACAACUACAGUGCUGGUGCAAGCAACGGCGAAGUCAUGGGCCACAUCGUGCCUGCAAAUGCAGCUGUGACAGAAGAAGCGCCAAAACCGCAACCAGAAUGAAUUACAUUAACAAUUUUGACUGCUGAAGCCAAAGAACCUGAAUUCAUUUCCUAUAGAUAAACAUCACAAUACAAGAUUUACUAAUGAAGAAUACCCAUUCUCUUCAAGUGUACAUCUCAUGCUUGCCAGCGCUAGCAUGUAAUCAACAUGAAGCGUCUGACUUGAUGUCAGGUUUUUGUAAAACCCUUGACGACAUUUGAGGUGUUACAUUGGCUGCAUUGCAAGCAGUAUUUGCAUGAUCAUAUUGAUUGUUUUACCAUCAUACUUAUCGUUUUACCAUUUUCUCGGAA